UUCUUUUUCAUUUCACGUCUUAGUUUAGCAAAGCAAUCAAAGAUAAAUGGUUUGAAAAUGAAUGUUAUUGAUCGAUGUUGGAGGCCAAAUCAUGAAUGGAGGAGACAUCGAUCUCAGUUAGCCACAUGUUCUAUGGGUUAUGCCGGUAAGAUGAUAAAUAACAUUGGUAAUGACCUUAUUCGUUAUAAAGUUACUGACUCUAGUGAUGAUCCUAUAAACCCAAAACCCAACACCUUGAGAUAUGGAACUUCUAUUAUUAAAGGUAAAGUAUGGAUCACAUUCCAGAAAGACAUGCUCAUUACAUUAGAGAAACCACUUCUCAUUAGUAGUUUUACUACUAUCGAUGGUCGAGGUGUUAAUGUCCACAUUGCUAAUAAUGCAUGUUUAAUGAUCUUUAAGGCAACCAACAUAAUUAUCCAUAACAUUCAAGUUCAUCAUUGUAAACCCAAACCCCCUGGGAUCGUUAUGGGGCCCGAAGGAAAAGUGAUUCCUUUAGGUCAUGUAGACGGAGAUGCAAUAAGAUUGGUUACUGCUUCAAAGAUUUGGAUUGACCAUAAUACAUUGUAUGAUUGUCAAGACGGUUUGCUAGAUGUAACACGAGGUUCCACUAAUGUGACUAUCUCCAAUAAUUGGUUCAAAAACCAAGAUAAAGUCAUGCUUCUUGGACAUGAUGAUGGAUACGUGAGAGACAAAUAUAUGAAGGUUACAUUAUUGUACAACCAUUUUGGACCUAAUUGUAAUCAACGUAUGCCAAGGAUUCGUCAUGGAUAUGCGCAUGUAGCCAAUAAUCUUUAUCAAGGAUGGCUUCAGUAUGCCAUUGGUGGAAGCAUGGAACCAAGCCUCAAAAGUGAAGCUAAUCUCUUUGUAGCACCAACAAUAGGAAAUAAGGAGGUGGCAUGGAUAAAAAAGGAUGAUAAAAGUGGAGAUAGAUUGGAUUUUCAUUCAGUAAAUGAUAUGUUUGAAAAUGGAGCUUCAUUCACUAUAACAAAAGGAGAACGUGUGCAAAAACCAAAUUAUAGCAAGGAACAAAAUUUUGAAGUUGUUGAUGCCAAAUUUGUAAGAUCAUUGACACGCUCAUCGGGCGUGUUACGACUUAAUAAAAAUCCAAAUAUACUAAUUAACUAA